UGCUGCCUGUCGUUGCGGGUGGAAGCAGGUUCUCCCGUUUUGCCAGUUGCUACGAUGAGGUUCCUCUCUAUUGAGAUUCGAAAAUAGUUCAUCGAACGUAGGGGUGGGUAAUCAACCAGGAUCAAUGGCGGUCGAUAUUUUGGACGAGGACCACUUUGCGGUAAGCGCGAUUGUCACCGUUGGAAUGCAAAUCAUCUUCUUCACGAUUGCAGCGACUUUCCAACUGGACAAGCUGACGGAUUUUGCUGGCGGCACAAACUUCAUCAUCCUCGCCCUUCUCACUUUCUUUCUCGGCCAAGUGGGCAAGCCUUAUGAUAGCAGACAGCUUAUGGUUACCAUAUUUGUGUGCUUAUGGGGUGUUCGUCUUUCCGGAUAUCUGUUGUAUAGAAUUAUCAAAAUUGGUCGUGAUAAGAGGUUUGAAGAUCGCCGCAGCAAUGUGAUACGUUUCGCUGUGUUUUGGACAUUUCAGGCUGUAUGGGUUUAUGUGGUAAGUUUACCGGUAAUUAUCAUUAAUUCGCCGCGGCACAAAAUACCACCAGCCCCUAAAACUAUGACAACAUUAGACAGCGCCGGUACGGGCCUCUUCGUGACUGGUUUACUAGCUGAAACUUAUGCCGAUUUACAGAAAUUUUCUUUCAAGCAAGAUCCAGUGAAUAAUGGCAAAUGGUGCAAUGAUGGACUGUGGCGGCUAUCUAGACACCCAAAUUAUUUUGGAGAAAUAGUGGUAUGGUGGGGUAUUUUCGUGAUAUCGUUGAACGUAAUCGAAGGUAUUGAAUGGAUCGCUAUAGCCUCUCCAAUCUUUACUACGUUCAUCAUCCUAUUCUUGUCUGGAAUGCCUCUAUUGGAAAGAGCUUCCGAUGAGAGGUAUCGUGAUAAUGCAGAGUAUCGCUAUUACAAGCAAUCCACAUCUCCAUUAAUACCAAUGCCACCAUCUAUCUACGUUGAGGUGCCAUACUUCCUGAAAUUUCUCUUCUGUUGCGAAUUUCCUUUUUAUGAUUCGUUGGACGUAAAACCACGCUCAGCUGUCACUGAAUCGACAUCAAUAAGCCUCGCUGCCUCCACGUAGCUAUAGUCACACGCCGGACGACCAAAUUCGAUGUCCGGCGUGCAGCCAUCCACGGCUAGCACAGCCUUUUGAGGAGGCUGCCAUGAUUCUUUGCAUUUUAUCAUUCGCACUGUUUUUUCAAGUUGCUUCACUCGGUUACGAGUGAUGAUUAUA